AUGAGUGGAUGUUUCAUCACAGCUACCUCUGCUACACUAGCUUCUUGCAGAAUUUUAUGGCCAUGCAUAAACUUCAUUGUGAUGAAUCAUAUUUUACUGCAGAGUUAUAGCUCUCUUAUCUUAUCUAUCUCCAAGAACCAUAAUCAAACAAGAAGGUGUGCCACCUGAGUUCUGUAGUCAUACAUAGGACAUGCUGCAUUCAGCAGAAAUUUGAACAUAGUAAACAUGAUUGAGUUACAACAAAGUGAUGUGUCAGAUAUUUCUGAUUAAGGGAUACUUGCCUUCUGACACUUACCAGCUUUCUGAGAUAACAUGAACAUUUGUAUCAUGUUGGUGCAUCAGAUUUAUGGAUAAAGAAGAGAGUGUGUGCCAAGUGACUGAGUUUUUGUGGCUGCAUGAUAUUUGUUGGGUACAUUUCCAAAUAGAAUGAAAAUGCUUUAUAGUGAUGAUUUCAGCUUUGUUAUAAACUGGCUAUUUAUUUCCUCAGUUAUCAUGAAUAACUGUUUAUGCAGUAUGAAUUACAGUUUUGAAACAGGCUUUGGAUAUGUUCCAUUCAGCCCAUUAAAAUUAAACUUCAAUGAAAGCAAAAAAAGUUUUCUACCUCAUGUAUUUGAAAAUAACAAAAUUCUGUUGGUUUUAGAUGCAUCAGAAAAUAUGUAUUCUCAAAAUAGAAUUUACAAACUGAAGCAUGCUCUUCAUCAUUGGAUUCAUUCUAUCCCUGAAGACUUGAUGAUUGGAUUAGCACAAUUCAAUGAUUUUGCCCAUCCACUGAUUAAUGUAUCUUCUGUCAGUGAAAGAUUAAAGGCAAAAUUUCUUGAUGCCAUUCCCAUCACUGCUGAAGGAGGGUGCUGCAUUGGCUGUGCAGUGAAAUGUGCUGUCCAGAUGUUAGGAGCUGAUGAUAAAGGCAGUACUGUUAUUAUUAUUAGUGAUGGAAGGAACACUGUACCAGGAGAAGAUGUGAAAGAUGUUUUAAGUCUAGUUUCCAAUACAAAGAUUAAGAUUAACACUAUAUCACUGGGUGAUGCAGCAGAUGAUCUGGAGCACUUAGCUUGGACAACAGGAGGAAGAACUUAUUUUGUGCAAGAUCAGCAGGGGCUACUGAUGCUAACUGGUGCACUUUUUGAUUCAUUAAAUGGUGUUCUUGGGAAAAAUUUACAAUUUGCAAAUGUAUUUGAGGCAGAAAUCUCUAAUAAGGACAAAAAAAUUCAAAAUGAUUUUGUUAUUGACUCUGCUUUACCUAUAGUGACAUUGAGUAUUUACUAUGGACCAGAGCAGGGCCUUGAUGAACUGGUACUGAAUUCUUCCAAGUUAUAUAUGAUGACCAAGGACUUUGAAGAAUGGGAUAAAAGCAAUAGAUAUUUGGCACAAACUCUUCAAGAGGGUUUGUGGACGAUCAGUCUCACAUACAAUUCCAUAAACAAGUAUGAUGCAGUGUUUGUCAGCAGUGGUUUACUGACUUCUGAACUGAAGACUAAUGACAAGAUACAUAUGAUGUGCUGGCAUAAUGCAGAGGUAGGUGCUGUAAAUACUAAGCUUAAACCUGUAGCAGUUUAUGCUACUAUAUCUAACGAAGAUCAUCAUUUUGUAUUUGACAUGAACGUAAGUGCUAUUCUUUAUGCACCAGAUGGAACUAUGACAAAAAUAGACCUUUGGGAUAAUGGUUCUGGAGCAGAUGAGGUGAAAAAUGAUGGUACUUACAGUCGUUUUCUGGCAAUUAUCUCCAUGACUGGAAGGUACACUCUGAAAUUCGAAGCAAUUGGGACGUACAGGACAACAGUUGGAGGAUUUGAAAAAAUGUCUGCUGAGGUUAAACCAUUCUCCAGGAUCUGCAGAACUAACUCUUUUAAGGUAAUAUCUGCUGCAAGCAUUUAUCCUCCCUCAUGCAUAAAUGACUUGAAGAUUGUGGAAAGCAAUAAAACAUUUGUUAACAUUUGCUGGACGGCUCCUGGGAAACACUUGGACUGGGGAAAAGUUGACAAAUACAUCAUUAAAUAUAUAAGGAUGGAGUCAUGUCCUCAUAUGUUUCAAACCAAUUUGUCAGUGUGGACUGCAGAAGUUGUCGCAUCAGUUUUGACACAUUCUCCUGGAAAACCUGAAUGCCUUGCUUUAAAUUAUACACCCUAUCUUUCCCCCAAUACUUGUCUCUGUCUUUCUAUGUAUGCCAAAGUUGAGGCGGGUUUGUCAGGUCCACUGUCAAAUGUUGUUCAGAUAUAUUGCCCAACAAUAAAUGACACUAAAGAAAAUUCAUCAGUGGAAGAGACGCCAUUCUUCCAAGCAAGUGAUGCAUGUUGUACAGAGGAAAGCACUGUUACUACUAUCAGUGAUACACCCCGUAGCUCCAUUAUUCCAGACACUGUCAAUGACCAAUCAUUGUGGCCAAAUAAAUCAAGAAAUGAGACUGGAAUCAAAAUUCAGGAAACAAGUAACUUUCCAUUUGUAUCCUUAAUAACUGUGCUUGUGAUUUUGUUCAUUAUUAUAGGUGGGCUUUUAAUAUUGAGGAAAUGGAACAAACUAAGAAAUGUCUGUGUCUCUAAUUCUUACAAUGUAUAUCGUGCUAAGUGUAAGCAAAGGAAGUCCCAUCUUGUAACAUAUACAUCAGUUGAGUCUGUUUCGCCUGAAGCAACAGAUUAGUAAAAUAUCUGAAUUGUACUACUACAAAAAUAAACAAAAGUAAAUAAAGACUUUUUUGUUCGCAGUCUUCUAGAGAUUUUACUAUGAAUGACUGUUUCUUAUAAAUUGUAAUGGUAUGUGUAUGGUACAGUACUGAAAGCAAUUAACUACAUACCUAGAAUAAUAAAAUAAUUCUUUAUUCCAAGGAAUUUUAGCACUGUCAUUAAACUGAACUGUGUAAUGACUGGGACAAUGCAUUUAAAUAGAUUAGGAUUAAGAACCUGUUUUUAGAAGUAUAUGAGAAUCAUUUCUUAAGUAUAGUUAUUCUCUUGAAGUAAUGUCAUAAAUUACAUUGUCCUCAGAAGCUUUUAUUAAUUAUGGAAUGAAUAUUAAUCAUGUACAAAACAAUCAAAAAUUGUAUAACUUAUAUUGGCUUACAUUAACAAUAUUAUAAAAAGGAUAGAUUCUGUUCAUCAUAUAGAGGGGAUGAGAUUUUGGCCAAAAGGAAAGACACAUCCACACAAAUUUGACUUACACAUGCAUAACCACUGUUUCUGACCACUGGAGCCAUACUAGGUUGUGACUAAACCUGAUUGUGGAGCAGCAAUCUGGUGGUGAGGGUAAGGAGGAGGCAUGGGGUUGAAAUGGAGAACAGCAGGGUGGAAUGGGGGAAGGUGUAGUGCUGCAUGUGGGAGCAUUCAGGGAUGUGGUGGGUAGGGCUGCUAAGUGGAGUAAGGGGUGGAGUGAAAGGGGGUAGAGAAGUGGAAAACAACCAAUGUGUGAGUUGGUGGAAUGGAAGGCUGUGUUGUGUUGGACUGGAGAUCAGGGAAGGGGACAGGUAAGGGGAGAACAGGGAAUAGCAAAGGUUGAGACAAGGCGAGGUUACGGGAACAUUGGAUGUAUUGCAGGAAGAGUUCCCACCUGCAUUUUUUAUAAAAUGCACAAGUGGGAACUCUCCCAGAAACAUAACCUACAUUCCUGUAACCUCCUGACCUCAUCCUUUGCUACUCCCAGUUCUCCACAUACCUAUCCCCUUCCAUGCUCCCACUCCAAUACAACAUAGCCUUCCAUUCCACCAACACACCCACCAGUCCUUUUCCCUUUCUCUAUUUCCCUUUCGCCUCCUCUUUUUACCAAACUUCUCAUCCCAUCCAGUAAGUCUCUUCUGACCCAGGUUUCUGAGCGACUUUUCUGAUCUCUCCCCAUUUCCCAAACCUCAUCAGUUAUUUUCCUUUGCCUCCUUCCUUCUGCUUGAACCUUUCUGCCAGAAGGAGGAGCCACUGGCUCUAAAAGGUUGCAAAUUUCAGCACCUUUAUGUGUGUUUUUACCUCCUACCACUUGGUGAGUAAUUUUUUUUCUAUUUAGUUGCUUCAUAUUUUCAGAAAUCUAUCCUUUUCAUAAUAAUGUUAUUCCAGCCUGGGCUAUCCAUUGUUUGAUUUUGCCUACUGACUUACAUUACAUUCACAACUGUUUUGUAAAUUAAUAUGCUAUCACUUAAUAGAAAAUGCAUAAAAAAUAAUAGAAAAUGCAUAAAAAUUAAUAGAAAAUGCGUAAAAAUUAUGCAGUAAUAACUUGUUUUGAGGCUGUGAAGCAGAGUUGAACAUUUUUAAAAGCUUUUAUACAGUGUAAUAACCAGAAUAAAAACCAAGAAAUAGACUGUUAAUGUUAAAAAGUUCUUUCUGUACCUAUUUUGUAACCAGUGAAAAGACAGAAAAAGGAAAUAUUUCCUAUGAAACUUCUCUAAUGGAAAUCAGAGCCCAGAACCUUCAGGGAAAAUUUAAUAUUGUUAAUUCAUCUUGUUGGCCACUUUGGUAUGGUAACCUUCUAAUUUCACCAUUAAAUACUUAAGAGAAAAAGUUAAUUAGUUUAAGUUUAGAAUGUUUUGAACCAUCUUUGAUGCUAAACUCACCAGAUUCCAGUUGUUUUGUACAUCAAAAUCGAUUAAAUUCUGUAGAGUAAGAAAAAAAUUUAUUGCUGAACGACACUUAUUUGAACAUUGUAGUUUUAAGAUUGACAUUAUGCAAAGUUCAUAAUUAAGGUAAGUACCAUUUUAAAAUAAAA